AUGGACAGUGCUGACCAGCUAACAGAAGAGCAGAUCGCAGAAUUUAAAGAAGCUUUUUCUCUCUUCGACAAAGAUGGUGAUGGAACUAUCACAACCAAGGAGUUGGGAACGGUCAUGCGAUCUCUUGGUCAGAAUCCCACUGAAGCAGAACUUCAAGAUAUGAUAAAUGAAGUAGAUGCAGAUGGCAACGGUACAAUUGACUUUCCUGAAUUUUUAACAAUGAUGGCUCGCAAAAUGAAGGAUACUGACAGCGAGGAAGAGAUUAGGGAGGCUUUCCGAGUAUUUGACAAAGAUGGAAACGGAUUUAUAUCUGCCGCAGAGCUAAGGCAUGUAAUGACCAAUCUCGGUGAAAAAUUGACUGACGAAGAAGUAGACGAAAUGAUUCGCGAAGCUGAUAUUGAUGGUGACGGACAAGUUAAUUACGAAGAAUUCGUCAAGAUGAUGACUCAAAAAUGA